GCUUGACAGCGUGCUGGGCAGUUUUGCGACAUACGCACGUCUCAAAGGACGCUACGAUGACGACUGGAUCGAUCGACUGAACCACCUCUACACUACCAUCGUCCUCAUCAUCUUCACUAUUGUGGUCAGCACAAAACAGUACGUGGGCGAGCCAAUACACUGCUGGUGUCCGGCACAAUUUGAGGAGAGCCACGUGGACUACACAAACAACGUCUGCUGGGUAUCGAACACGUUCUUUGUGCAUUUCAAAGACCAGCCUCCUCGAGACUGGAACCUACCUUACGACUCGGAGAUCCAAUACUACCAAUGGGUGCCUAUGAUUCUACUGUUUCAGGCUCUGCUGUUCAAGGUACCGUGUAUAUUAUGGCGUAUCUUGACAGCCUCUGCCGGAGUAAACCUCGACAAGAUAGUCACCCUGGCCGCCGAAACAGCCUACGUGGCACCAGACGAACGGGACCGCACCAUCAAGCACAUCGUCAGGUACAUGGAUCGCUGGAUAGAAAACGCCCGAGAGUACAGAUCCGGCUGUUUCAUUCGAAUCCGACAACAGAUAUCCAAGUACUGCUGUAUCGUAUGGGGAAAACGAUACGGCAACUACCUUGUCACUCUGUAUAUGUUCAUCAAACUUCUAUAUCUAGCCAACGCUAUAGGUCAGCUUUUUAUAUUAAACGAAUUCCUUGGCACAAACUUUAACGUGUAUGGCUUUGAGGUAAUGGACCAUUUAGCGCGAGGGGAGACGUGGUCGGAAAGUCCCAGGUUUCCUAGAAUAACACACUGCUUCUUCAAAAUCCGCCAACUCACCAAUGUCCACGACUACACAGUUCAGUGCGUUUUACCCAUCAAUCUUUUCAACGAAAAGAUCUUUAUUUUCAUCUGGUUUUGGCUAGUCUUUGUCGCCACACUUAGCACCUUCAACUUCCUCGUCUGGAUCUACAUUAUGAUUUUUAGGCAGCAUCGCCUUCGCUACCUCAAGAAGUUCUUGCGCAUCAACGACUGUUACAAGUCGGAGCUGGACAAGAAAAUGGCGGUAAAGUUUUGCGAGCAGUAUCUCCGGCAAGACGGAAUCUUCGUUCUACGGCUCGUUGGCAAAAAUGCUAAUGACGUUCUAGUUUCGGAGCUGAUCUUGCAGCUGUGGAACCACUAUAGAAACAAGCCACUUUUCCGACACGCCAACCAGGUUAGCGACGACAACAGUAAUGUCUGA